AUGCACACUCCUGACUAUGCUCUGCUCCUGAGCGGAGGGAACCAGUCUCUGGUCUUCGGUCCCAGUGGUGACCUAACUAUGGAGAAACCUGGAAACAACACCCUCCACACGAACCGAUCCGAUCCGUACUCGCGAAACGAGGAGGUGGCCCAGAUGGAGAUCAUGAUCCUGAGCAUCACCUUCGUGGUUGCUGUGGUUGGGAAUGUGAGCGUCCUGCUGGCAAUGUACAACACGAAGAAGAAGAUGUCGCGGAUGCACCUUUUCAUCAAACACCUGAGCCUGGCUGACCUGGUGGUCGCCUUUUUCCAGGUGCUGCCGCAGCUCUGCUGGGAUAUCACCUUCCGCUUCUACGGUCCAGACUUUCUCUGCAGGAUCGUCAAGCACCUCCAGGUGAUGGGGAUGUUCGCCUCCACCUAUAUGAUGGUGAUGAUGACCCUGGACCGUUACAUUGCUAUCUGCCACCCUCUGAAAACCCUGCAGCAGCCCACGCAGCGCUCCUACAUCAUGAUCGUCUCCACGUGGAUGUGCAGCCUCUUGUUCAGCACUCCGCAGUACUUCAUCUUCUCCCAAAGUGAGUUCGACAGCUCGAACGUUACCGACUGCUGGGCGCACUUUAUCGAGCCGUGGGGCCCCAAAGCUUACAUCACCUGGAUAACAGUGAGCAUCUUCCUCAUCCCCGUGGUGCUUCUCAUGUUGUGCUACGGGUUCAUCUGCCACAGCAUAUGGAAAAAUAUAAAAUACAAGAAAAGGAAAACGCCGGCUGGUGCUGCGAGCAAGAACGGGCUGAUUGGGAAGAAUUCAGUCAGCAGCGUUACAACUAUUUCAAGAGCCAAGCUGAGGACUGUUAAAAUGACUUUAGUGAUCGUUUUGGCGUACAUUGUCUGCUGGGCGCCGUUUUUCAUAGUACAGAUGUGGUCCGUGUGGGAUGAGAACUUCCAGUAUGCUGAUUCUGAGAACACAGCAGUGGCUCUGUCUUCGCUGCUUGCCAGUCUCAACAGCUGCUGUAACCCAUGGAUAUACAUGAUCUUCAGCGGUCACCUCCUCCAAGAUGUUAUGCACUGCUUCUCCUGCUUCCAAAGACUGAGCACUGACUUCAAGAAGGAGGACUCAGACAGCAGUAUCCGCAGAACAACAUUACUGACCAGGUUGAACAAUCGCAGCCCCACGGGCAGUCAGAGCAACUGGAGAGAGCUGGACCUUUCUCCAAAGUCCUCCAUUCAGGCGGAGUAAACAUGCAGCCAGGCAAAUCUGUUUACUGCCGUGGGAAUGAAAUUAUAUCUGGGAGUGGCAUCAAGGUAAACAUACAUGAAUGAAGACUUUUUAACGUUGGGCAUGACUGACAGUGACUGACAUUUCGCCCAAACAACAAAACCUUAAAGCAAAUCAAGCUUUUUGCAUCGACAUUUGGAAACAGAGUGAAUAAAUAUGUUGUCGACUGAGAAUUGUGCAACAUGGACUGAAAAUACAGACAUGUUUGUGUGCAAAUAUGUUCUUUUUCACUAAAAAUAUUGGGAAAGGAGGUGAAAGUAGAGAUGUAUUCCUACAUGUUCAAGCUUGUAUGCAACCACACUUUUUUGUAAAAGCACAACAUGCUGAUAAUUGGGUUUUGACCUAAUUCCGUUGCAUUCUGUUGAAUUCCUUGAUCAUUUGGCUGCCCCUGUUACUGUGUUCCCAUGAUUUCCCUUUAGAUAUUUUUUAGGGGAAAACACAUUUCCUUACUUCCCUACUCAUGCUCUUAAUGAUGGUUGUGUUUGUAGUGCCAGUGAACACCCCUUCCUGUUUGAGUGUUUCCAGAGAUAAACGUACAUGGCAGCCAGGAGGUGUGCUGUGGUGGAAGCAACUCUUCCAGACCGCCUACUUUUAAGAAACCGAGGCAGACCCCUCGUCCUCUGGGCUCAGCUUUCCAUUUUUGUGGUUUUUCUCAGAACCACACAUUUUAGUGGCUUGUGUAAAAAGAAACCUUUUCCUUUGACCUGUGACAAAAGUCUUAGGUUACAUAUAAAUCAGGCGUGCAUCCAACUAUUUACUAAUGAUUUAAUGUUGCAGCUUGCAGUCCUGUGUGUGUCUCUAAAUAAUGGCUUUCAUAUUUCAGCACAAACAGAUGGGACCCCCCUUAAAAUAGCAGGACAUUGGAGGGGUCUACCUACCGCCCCACAGACCCCUCCCACUGCUUUUUCAAAAUGUUGUGGAGAAGCUUACACAUUCCAUACUCUCGACGUCAACACACUUCCUGACUUUUUUCUGACAUCCUGCCCCGUUAGGGGGUCUUUUCUUGGGUUUCCUUUGCACUCCAGACAAAAACAAUCUUCUGCACAUGAAUGCGUAAUAAUUGUCAGACCACUAUGACCACAUGUAUGUUAUAAAGACAUUUAUAUCUGACUGUAAAGUAUAUUUGUAUAUAAAAGGUCUGUAAAUAGGAAUAAUAUAAUGUAAAUCUGUUCAACAUGAAUUAUAUUAGUCUGUAAUGCUUUGUGUACAUUGAAAAUAAUCUAAAUAUACAUAUAUGUUGCAAAAUAUAUAUUGAUGCACUGAUGAUUACUAUAGGACACUGGCGUUUCCUCCUCACAACCCCAGCACAACUAGCUGCUUUGUUUAUGUUUCGUGCAGUUGCUACACAACCACAAAUCUGUGGUGUUAUCUUUGCUGAAAAUUGAGCAAUUUUAAACAUAUAUAUCUAGCCAAUCAAAGCACUAAAAACCUGCCAACGCUCUUGAUUUAUGCCAUUAUUAUGAACUUUCAAUUGAAAAUAAAGUAAGGAAUAAGCGUUGUGAAUGGGUUGCUUUUGGUCAACAAGCUGUCGACCCUCAUUAAAUGAAAAUACAAUGUG